AUGGUAAAUACAGUGUUUAACGCACCUAUCACUUGGAAAUCAUCACGGCAACCCACUGUCGCAACAUCCACGUGUGAAGCAGAAUACUUGGCAGGCUGA